AUGUUCAUGUACAUAAUUCAUGUCAGAGAAGUGAAGAGGGAAGAAAAUUAUCAAAAUCAAUAUUCAAACGCUAUCGCAUUUGACUCAUCGUUAUCACACAAAUUAAUACAAGAAGAUUUGCUUUUUACAAUGGCAAAAGUUCAAUCUGAUAUCAAGCUUAAUGAAGUCGUCAUAAUUGUAAAAAUUAAUGAUAAAAUGCUGAAAAAAAGUUUCAUUAAACUUUACAACCUUGCAGUUUUAAUGAUUUCAAUGCUUCGAUUAAAUUGGAUUAAAAAUUCACGCAAUAUAGCAAAAAAAUAUGUCGAUGAUUCAGAUCAAAUCCCAGUAAAACUUCAAACUCUGGUGUCCAACUUUAUAAGAAUUUUUCUCCGCAUGAGUGAAUUAAUGUUAAGUCCCGUUCAUCCAGCACUUCCCUUUAUGAUUCAACUGUGA